GCCCACCCUCCUGCUAGCCGGCCGGCAUCUGCUGGGGAACCGAGGAGGGAAGCCGAGCCGGGCCGAGCAGGAUGCCGGACGGAGCCCCGCAGCCUCCGCAGCCACCACGCCGCCAGGUGAGGCCCCGCCCCGCUCGCACACCUGGCCAGGACCGCUCGGGGGCUGCGUCACGCUUCCGGGGCUCCUCUGCGGGGGGUGCGGGGGAGGCGACAGUUAGCAACCCCCGGGCGAUCGGAUAUUUGCAAGGGUCCUCUCUCCCGGCCCUCUCGCCUCCUGCCCAGACCGGCAGCCCAGGACCCCUUGGCUCGCUGGGUGGCCCGCCAGGCGCACGGCCCGGGAGGCCGCCGGAGGGUCCGGCGCAGCGUGCCCGGCCGAGUGGCAGCGACAGGUGAGGCGGAGACUUCCGACCCGGAGCCCCUCCGUCUCUAACCGGCAUGCCUGCCGUCUCUAGCUCCGGGGACAAGCGUGGGGGCCGGCGGCGCGGGGUGUCCCUUCCAUGCUUUCUGCCCUGCCCAGCUGGGCUGGCUGGAGCUACCAGCCACUCCAAAAAUUAAAUUUGGAAACAUGCCCAAAUGCAGGAAUCUGUAAACAAAUAUAUCAUAAAUCGCAGAAGACUAUAAAGAUUAAAUAGUUUUAUCUGCCACUUAGAAAAGCUGUUCUUCACCAAUAUUGUUGUUGUAUCUGCUUUUUUCUAAAUUCAAUUAAUGUCUAAAUUUUCCCUUCUAUCUCCGCCAUCUCUUAAACUAAUCACUCCAGGAAGCUGCUGCAUCAAGACUUAACUUCCAAAUUUUUGCUCAGCACUCUUUUCUAAUUACUGGCACCUUAUUUUCUCCAGUUUAGUGCCAAUUAACAUAUUGGCAGUAACUGUUAAUUCUGUAUCAAUUCUUUAUUCUGGAUUUGUUCCUCCAAAUGUUCCAAUAAAACUCUUUAAAAGAGUAUUGGAAGGAUGAUUGUAAUAACCUGCAGUUUUUUAAGAGUAUAUAUUUAAAGUAGAUGAAUAAAUGAGCAAAUUAUGUUAAUUUGGAUAUGCAGAAGAUAUUAAAAAUAAAUUUAAGGAACCGAAGAAAGAGGGGGAAGGAAGUCAAGUUUUGAAAUGUUAAGAAGAUUGUAAAAUUAGUGAAAUGAAUAAACCUGAAAAGGAUAAAUAAAAUAAUGAUAAUAGAACUCUUUUUAAAGAGUUACCAAUGAAAUUGUUAAUCUCUUUUCCCAAAAUCUUUAAUUUAAUGGGCGUAUGCAUUUCAUUUUUAAACUGGGAAGGGCGGGGUAUAAAUAAAAUUUUAUUAUUAUUACCCACAACUCCCAACAUUUACUAUCUCACCUGGUAUAUAUUUUAUUCAGUCUCUGUGAUGUCUCAUGUGCCACUGGUAAAAGCAGUUUAGAAUGAUUUUAUCUUACGUUUACGCUGAGGAAUUGCAAUGGUCCCAAAUUAAAGAUUGCCCGCCCAAUUUUCAUCCCAUUUCUCUCAAAAUUUAUACCGUAUUGUAGAUUUAAGGUACAUAAUCUUGGGAUAAAAGAAAACACUUUUUUAAAAAAUGUAAGAAAAUAACAGCCUGCUGGAUCAGGCCAGCGGGUACUCAUUUAGUCCAGCAUCCUGUUCUUAGGGGGCAGGGACAUCCAGAUUCCUGUGGGAAGCCUGUUACAAGCAGGUAAAAGGUAAAGGACCCCUGACCAUUAGGUCCAGUCGUGACCGACUCUGAGGUUGCGGCAAUCAUCUCGCUUUAUUGGCCGAGGGAGCCGGCGUACAGCUUCCGGGUCACGUGGCCAGCAUGACUAAGCCGCUUCUGGCGAACCAGAGCAGCACACGGAAACGCCGUUUACCUUCCUGCCAGAGCAGUACCUAUUUAUCUACUUGCACUUUGACAUGCUUUCAAACUGCUAGGUUGGCAGGAGCUGGGACCGAGCAACGGGAGCUCACCCCAUCGCGGGGAUUCGAACCACCGACCUUCUGAUUGGCAAGUCCUAGGCUCUGUGGUUUAACCCACAGUGCCACCCGCGUCCCAGUUACAAGCAGGACUUGAGCUCAACUCUGCCCAUCUGUGACUCCCAGCAAGCAUUUACUGCUCUGACCAUGAAGGCAGAGCUAAGCUAUUAUGACUAGCAGCCAUCGCUAGCCCUCUCACGAAUUUGCCUAAUUCUCUUUUAAAGCCAUGUAAGGUUUGUUUGUUUUUUUAUAUAAUAUUUUUUAUUAAUUUUAACAUAUAAAUUAUAAAAUGUACCACCAAACCUAUCACUUAUACAAUCUUUUUAGACUUCCAUCAGCACCUCUGAUGAUCCACCGUUUUAAACACUUCUUAUGCAUUUCUUAACUUUAUAUUGCCUUUCAAUCUCUUAACAAAUCAUCCUCCCCCUUCUCCAUUUUUACAAUACUUCUAAUAAUACUCCUCACAAAACUUCUUGCAACCCUACGAACGUCGUCUGUUCUUCACAAUUACUUUUCAAAUAGUCCGUAAAUUUACUCCAGUCUUCCGUGAAUUUCUGGUCUUGCCGGUUUCGAAUCCUUCCACUUGGUUUAUCUAAUUCUGCAUAGUCCAUUAACUUCAUCCUCCAUUCUUCAAUCGUCGGUAACUCUUCUUGCUUCCAUUUUUGGGACAAUAAUAUUCUUAAAGCCAUGUAGGGUUUGUGGCAGUCACUGCAUCCUUUGGGAGCAAGUUCCGCAGUCUAUGCACAGCACGAAAAAGGACUUUCUUUUAUUUGUUCUGAAACAUCCAACAUUGAGCUACAUUGAAUGUUUCCGAGUUCUUUCUCCAAGAGGAGAAAGACUUCUCUCUCGCUCUCUCUAAUUUUUAUUAGAUUUUCUGUACUACGAUUUACAAUACUCAUUUAAACAUCCUUAAAAUAUCAGUGGCUUCUCUUCUUCUCUUUCCAUGGUUCAUUUUGCAUAUGAUAAAUCCCUGCAUAUUUUACAUAAACUAAACCAUUCAGUAUUCCUCGGCCCUGGAGGUUUUGCUAAAUAUGAUUAGAAGGGACCGUUUGAUUAAAGGUAUACAGGUCGGAGCCAAACAGUACAAAUUGAAAGCCUUUGCAGACGAUUUAGUAUUGACGUUACAGGAGCCAGAAUCUAGUACUAAAAGAGUCUUAGAAUUGAUUCAGGAAUUUGGUCAUGUGGCAGGAUUUAAGUUGAACAAGUUAAAAACCAAGGUGCUUGAGAAAAAUUUAACAUCAAUUGAGAAAGAGAGGUUUCAGAAGGAGACAGGUUUAACAUUGGUUAAGAAAGUAAAAUACUUGGGGGUUAACAUGACUGCUAAGAACUUAAACUUAUUUAAAGACAAUUAUGAGAAAUGUUGGUCAGAAGUGAAAAAGGAUUUAGAGAUAUGGUCAAACUUGAAGCUUUCCUUGCUAGGUCGAAUUGCUGUUAUAAAGAUGAAUGUAUUGCCAAGAAUGUUAUUUCUGUUUCAAUCAUUGCAAAUUGUGGACAAAGUGGACUGUUUCAAGAAGUGGCAGAGAGACAUUUCUAAAUUCGUCUGGCAGGGCAAAAAGCCUAGAAUAAAAUUUAAAAUAUUAACCGAUGCAAAGGAUAGAGGUGGAUUUGCCCUGCCAGACCUUAAACUUUAUUAUGAAUCAGCAGCAUUCUGCUGGUUGAAAGAAUGGCUGCUUCUUGAGAACACAGACAUUUUGGAUUUAGAAGGUUUCAACAAUGUUUUUGGGUGGCAUGCAUAUUUGUGGUAUGACAAGGUUAAAGCACAUAAAGCAUUUAAAAACCAUAUUGUCAGAAAAGCAUUGUUAAAUGUCUGGAUAAGAUACAAGGACUUACUGGAAAAUAAAACCCCUAGGUGGUUGUCACCGAUGGAAGCAAAGGCUCAGAAAAGGCUCAAUAUGGAGGCCAAAUGGCCGAAAUAUUGGGAAAUUUUGGAACAAGAAGGAGACAAAUUGAAAUUGCAGAGCUUUGAAAAAUUAAAAGAUAAAGUGCGAGACUGGCUUCAUUAUUAUCAGAUAAUGGAGGCAUAUAAUCUGGAUAAGAAAAUUGGCUUCCAGGUGGAAAAAUCAAAAUUGGAAAUAGAAUUGUUAGAACCCAAUACUAAGAUUUUGUCAAGAAUGUAUAACUUGUUGUUGAAAUGGAAUACUCAGGAUGAAACCGUGAAAUCUGCUAUGAUUAAAUGGGCACAAGAUCUAGGAUAUAAUAUUAUGUUUGCUGACUGGGAACAGUUGUGGACCACAGGUAUGAAAUUUACGGCAUGUAAUGCCCUAAGAGAGAAUAUUAUGAAAAUGAUAUACAGGUGGUACAUGACACCAGUCAAGCUUGCAAAAAUUUACCAUGCGCCCGAUAACAAAUGUUGGAAAUGUAAAGAAAAUGAAGGUACUUUCUUUCACCUUUGGUGGACGUGCCCAAAGAUUAAGGCUUUCUGGGAAAUGAUAUAUAAUGAAUUGAAAAAGGUAUUUAAAUAUACCUUCUUGAAGAAACCAGAGGCCUUUCUCCUGGGCAUAGUCGGCCAAUUGGUGCCAAAGAGGGACAGAACUUUCUUUAUGUAUGCCACAACAGCAGCAAGAAUACUUAUUGCAAAGUAUUGGAAGACACAAGACCUACCCACCUUGGAAGAAUGGCAGAUGAAGGUGAUGGACUAUAUGGAAUUGGCGGAAAUGACUGGCAGAAUCCGAGACCAGGGAGAAGAGUCGAUGGAGGAAGAUUGGAAAAGUUUAAAGAUUAUCUACAGAAAUAUUGUAAAAUUAAUGAAUGUUAGAAUGAUGUUGGAUAGAAACUAAGUGGUCUUUAGCUGAAAGGUUAUAAGGGAAUAUGAAAAAAGGGUUUAUUAAUAUGUAAAAAUCUAAAAUUACAAUAUUUUUGUGAUUAAUGACUAGGAUACAUAAAGAGGGGAGGGAUUUGCUGAACGAAAUAACUGAACUGGAAUACAAAAAAGGAAGGUGUGAGGAGGUCCUGGAAAUAAGCAAAUGAAGGUCAAGCAAUGAAAGGAAUGAAUUGUUUUUAAAUAUUUUUACUUUGUAUUUUUUCUUUUUUUGUGCGUUUUGUAAAAUCUUGAAAACCUUAAUAAAUAUCUUAUUAAAAAAAAAAAAUAAACCAUUCAGUAUUCCAUUAUUACAUCCAUCAAAACUUAUUUACACUGUUGAAUUUAUCUUAAUGCUGCCAGCGUUUUCAAGUAUACCCUAUUUCCCCCCAUAUAUUCAAUAAACAUUUUCCAGUCUUCUCCAAACGUAUGUUCUUCUUGUUCUCUUAUUCUAUAUGUUAAGUCUGCAAGCUGCACCUAUUCCAUCAGCUUAAGUUGCCAUUCUUCUUUGGUUGGGACCUCGCUUGUUUUCCAUUAUGGGGCUAACAGAACACAGGCCGCAGUAGGAGAAAGACUUUUCUCUAUCCGCUUUCUCCAAGUCAGGCAUAAUUUUAAAUUCCUAUCAUGUCGCCUCUUACUUUUCUCUGAACUGAAAAGCUACAAACGCUACAACCCUUUUCAUAGGGGAGUUGCUCCAACGCCUCAAUCAUUCUGGUCAACCUUUUCCUACUCCACAAUAUCUGUGGCUAGAAGGCCCUUUGGGUCCAUUCCAAAUCUACAGUUCUUCUUUUAUAUAUAUAUAUAUAUAUAUAUAUAUAUAUAUAUAUAUAAAAUAUUUUUAUUAAUUUUAACAUAUAAAUUAUAAAAUGUACCACAAAACUUAUCACUUAUACAAUCUUUUUGGACUUCCAUCAGCACCUCUGAUGAUCCACCGUUUUAACCACUUCUUAUGCAUUUCAAUUCUAGGGACACAGGUGGCGCUGUGGGUAAAACCUCAGUGCCUAGGACUUGCCGAUCGUAUGGUCGGCGGUUCGAAUCCCUGCGACGGGGUUCGGUCCCAGCUCCUGCCCACCUAGCAGUUCGAAAGCACCCUUAAAGUGCAAGUAGAUAAAUAGGGACGGCUUUAUAGCGGGAAGGUAACGGCGUUUCCGUGCGCUGCGCUGGUGCAGGCUCGCCAGAGCAGCUUCGUCACGCUGGCCACGUGACCCGGAAGUGUCUUCGGAUGGCGCCGGCUCACGGCCUCUAGAGCGAGAUGAGCACGCAACCCUAGAGUCGGACACAACUGGCCCGUACGGGCAGGGGUACCUUUACCUUUAUGCAUUUCUUAACUUUAUAUUGCCUUUCCAUCUCUUAACAAAUCAUCCUCCCCCUUCUCCAUUUUUACAAUACUUCCAAUAAUACUCCUCACAAAACUUCUUGCAACCCUACAAACGCCGUCUGUUCUUCACAAUUACUUUUCAAAUAGUCCGUAAAUUUACUCCAGUCUUCCGUGAAUUUCUGGUCUCGCCAGUUUCAAAUCCUUCCUGUUAGUUUAUCUAAUUCUGCGUAGUCCAUUAACUUCAUCCUCCAUUCUUCAAUCGACGGUAACUCUUCUUGCUUCCAUUUUUGGGACAAUAAUAUUCUUGCUGCUGUUAUUGCAUAUAAAAAGAGCUUACAUUCCUUUCUCAAAUCUACAGUUCUGUGAUUCUAUGACACAGUAUCCCAAAGACAGUCAUAUUUGUUCUUCAAAAGCCAUUGAUGUGCCUUCCAUUGUUAUCAUGGGCGUAGCCAGGAUUUAUGUUGGGGAGGAGGCAGGAUACCCACCCAUCCUAUGCUUGGCUCUGUCUAGCAGAUUCGGAAUGAAAUCUCUCAGCAACAGUUGUUUAAAGUUACUUUCUUUUGACCCCAAGUGCUCAGAAAAAUCUGUCAAAAUCUUUCUACAAUUUCUACUUUUGGUUAAGUAUUUUUAUUUAUUUACUUGAUUUGGGGAGUCGGGGUGUACGGCUACGCCCAUGAUUUUUAUUCCUUCUCAUGUUUCCUUCUCUUUAACUUUUUGGCUGUCGUUGGAUUGGACCCAUUUCAAAAACUUCAUUCAGGGUUUUAUAAAGUAUAAUCACGUUCUUAUCCUACCCGAUUAGCCACUUGACCUACAAUCUUAAAUUCCUCAUUAAAAAUAAAGGAUUAAAGGAAAAUCUGCCCUUGAUAUUAUAUUCUUUCAAUCACCCCAGAUAUCUUAAGCUGCUUCAGUUCAGUGCGUUUGCCUCACUGUCAAUCAAUUUCCUUUUUUUUCUUUUGGGCGGUACCCUGGAAGUAAUUGUUGCCAGUGGAGUCUUAGCACAACCAUGUUCUAAGAUGAACCACUGUGUUGCAUAGGUGACUUUCAGUGACUGGGCACUUAAUAUGAAAUGUCUUGUUUUGUAAAUCAUUGCUAUACAGUAUUAGGAAAUUUAUAUUGUUCUAUUUGGUGCUCCUCAGUUGUGUGUUGCAUGCAGAAUGUUAUUGUAUGUUGAAAACCAAAUAAAUACGGAAACAUCCUUAUUUUCUGAAUGUUUCUGGGUCUUCCCUCAGCUUCAAGGCCGGGUCUUGAUCCUGACGGUCUGUGCUGCUGGAAUUGGGGGCACAUUCCAGUAUGGAUACAACCUCACCAUCAUCAAUGCCCCAACCACAGUAAGUCCUUACCUGACAACACUUAUCCCAGUUUCCCCGACUGUUAGCAGACAGCAGGCCAUCUCUGUUUAGAGGGUUAUAGGGUCAUCAUGUCUGUCAAUGAAGCAUUUUUGUUUCCUGGGGUUAUAUUUACAGUGGUACCUUGGUUCUCAAGCUUAAUCCCUUCUGGAAGUCCAUUCCAAAACCAAAGCUUUCCAAAACCAAGGCGCGCUUUCCCAUAGAAAGCAAUGCAAAAUGGAUUAAUUUGUUCUUGACUUCUAAAAACAACCCCUCAAACAGCAAUUUAACAUGCAUUUUACUAUCUAACAAGACCAUUGAUCCAGAAAAUAAAAGCAAUAACCAAUGUACUGUACUAUAAAAAUAAAUAAGACAGCAUUGUAGAUGGUAAAAAUUAAAACUAUUUUUUUUUCUUACCUGCACUGAUGAUAGUCAUUGUUUGGAUGGGGGGCUCAUAUCCAUUUCCUCAGUCACACAAUCAAUCAAUCAGUAGCUGAACUGGGUUCCACACAUUCACAAAAACAAAUUAACCGAAAAAGCCUCAAAAACAAAAACGCAAAAUAAGUAGCAAAAACAAACGCGCCAAACCUAAUCCGUUCCAGAAGUCCGUUUGACUUCCGAAAUGUUCGAAAACCAAGGCACAGCUUCUGAUUGGUGCAGGCGCCCCAGAAACAAUAGCUGACAGCUGCAUUGGACAUUCGGCUUCUGAAAAAGGUUCGAAAACCGGAGCACUUACUUCCGGGUUUUCGACGUUUGAGAACCAAGCCGUUUGAGAACCAAGGUACCACUGUACUUGCCCUGUGAUCCUGUUAACUUGCCAUGGGUUCACAGACUGAGGCGGCAAGUGGGGCUGGCCCCCUCUCUCAGCAUUUUUACUUUCGGUGCCAUCAACCCAAGCGCAGGAGUGAAGCCGGACAGAGAGAGGUUUCUUUCCUUAGGGGUGAAUGUAAUUUUUCGUGAAGGCUCCUUUGCUCUUGUGCGUUUUGUACACCUCCCCUCCCGAGUAUUUUGCAGCGUGUUGGCCAUGUCUGCAUCCUCACUUUCCUCUAAGGUGCUUGGGGCGGCAUAUGUGGCUCCCCACCCUGAUUUUGCCACAAUGACAGCCUUGCGAGGUAGACCAGGCUCAGCGAGAGCGACUGGUGCAAGGUGACCAUGAGUGGGGUUUGAACCUGGAGGUCUCUCCUCCCCAUCCAAUACUCACCACAUUAGGUCCUGGGAAAAUGAUAUGUCGUAUGCAGCACCUGCAGAAAGACCGUUGUCUGUUUUCUCCCAACGUGACUUCAGCCUUUUCACGUUUCAGUACAUCCAGAGCUUCACAAAUGAGACGUGGCUGGAGCGGACGGGCAGCCCUCUGGAGGGGAAGAUGAUCACCCUGAUCUGGUCCUCUGUGGUCUCCAUCUAUCCUUUGGGGGGGCUCGUGGGAGCCCUCCUCGCAGGCCCCAUGGCCAUUAAGCUGGGAAGGUGAGGAGGCGCCUUGUAGAUUUCUGCUUCGGUGGGCUAAGACUCACAACCAUUUUCAGCUGCUGACACCCCAUGGGGGAUCCGGCCCUGUGUCAGUCUGUUGGUGGAGGGCAGGGCCGGAUUUAGGUCUGAUGAGGCCCUAAGCUACUGAAGGUAAUGGGGCCCUUUAUAUGUCCAGCUGUCCUUUGUCAACAACAAAUGGUCGCUGGUUUUUGUGUUGAAUAUAUGCUAUAAAGUCAUUUAUGGACCUAAUUGGUAUCCAAAGCCAUUUGCACAUAACAAAAUAUGUUUUUUAUCAAAGUAAUUUUUUAAAAUGUUUUUAUUAGCAAUUUCAACAUAACAACAUAUCAAAACAUGUCAUAGUCAUUAUUUUCUCCCCUUUUCCCCCACCUCCCUCAAACCCUCCCUCCUCUCCCCCAAAGACUUCCCUCAGCUCCUCUCUGUAAUUACAAAGUACCGUAUUUUUCGCUCUAUAAGAUGCAACAGACCACAAGACGCACCAAGUUUUUGGAGGAGGAAAACAAGAAAAAAAAAUAUUCUGAAUCUCAGAAGCCAGAACAGCAAGAGGAAUCGCUGCACAGUGAAAGCAGCAACCCCUCUUGCUGUUCUGGCUUCUGGGAUAGCUGUGCAGCCUGCAUUCGCUCCAUAAGAUGCACACACAUUUCCCCUUACUUUUUAGGAGGGAAAAAGUGAGUCUUAUAGAGCAAAAAAUACGGUAAUUGUUGAACUGAAAUACAAUUAAGAAUUUUGGAAAUGUACAUCCAGGUUUUGCUUUUUUUCCUUUAAAUUUUUUGGAGGCAUCCAAGAGAGUAGGACCCUUGGCUAUAGAUUGUUUAGCUUAUACUUAAAUUCAGCACUGGUGGAGGGCCGGGGGUGGCUAUUGCAGAACUCACGCAGCCUGCGUUUUAGACGUCGAACUUUUUACUGCCAGCAUCUCAGUGCCUCAAUUUAUCAGUUACAUGUAAUUAAACCAGUUACUAAACUGAAAUAAAUCCUGUUCCAAUCAACCUAACCUGAUUCCAAGUGACCUGGGUGGUUGUUUUUUGGGGGGGAGUAUUGGCAAAGCCCAGGUGAGAGAUCUGGGUGCUGGUCCCAGUACAGCCCACUCACUGAGGCUUUCUCUGCUUGCUUUGGAUGAUAGCUGUGGAGUUCACCCAAAGUCCAAGAACCAUUCUCACCCGCAUUAUCUCCUCCUGCCAAGACUGACAUUCAUCUCCCUGGGAAGAACUGGGCGUUCCAGGCAGCUUUCCCUCCUGCUGGCGGGGGGGGGGGGGGCAGGCGGGUGCAGCUGGCUUUAUGAGCCAGGGAAGGGCAGGGCCAGGAGCCGCUCCCUUGGGCCUUGGCACUGAUCCUGAAGGGAGAGGGGACUGUUAGGGUUGGCCAAGGCAGGGGGUGUCACAUGGAGGUUGGAACUUAGUGUUGACCAAGGAAAGUCACUGUGCCAAAACCGGCGCAUGAGGGGGGGAAGCGCAAGGGUGUGAUGUGCAUCCUCAUUAUGCCUGAACUGGGCUCCUGAGUCCUUUUGUUAUGUACUGAGUUGAAUAGGAUCCAAAAGGCAGCAGUCUGAUUGGUCCUAGAACAAUAGGAUCCAGAAUGCAGCAGUCUGAUUGGUCCUAGAACAAUAGGAUUCAGAAUGCAGCAGUCUGAUUGGUCCUAGAACAAUAGGCUCCAGAAUGCAGCAGUCUGGUUAGUCCACAGGAGCCACCCAAUCCAGCUCCAGGUGGAAGUGAAUCCGCAACCUGAUUGGCCUACAGGAGAAUCCCGGAAUUAGCCAAUCACAUGGGGCCCAUUGUGUAAAUAAUGUAUAAAAGGCAGACAUUCUGGAGGAACUUCCAUUCCUCCCUCACCACUAUGAGCUGAAUAAAGAGCAUGAAAUCUACUCUCGACUCCGAGUAUAUUUCACCUUUUAUCCCUCUUUCUUUCUCCAAAGGAAGAAAUCUUUGCUGCUGAACAACUUGUUUGUGGUCUUGGCUGCAGUGUUGGUGGGAUUCAGCCAAAUGGCCAAAUCCUUUGAAAUGAUCUUGCUGAGCAGAUUUCUUGCAGGAAUCAAUUCUGGUAGGUAAGGAGGAGCGGGCGAGUUCAAGGUUCCCUGCAGGCCACACCACUGAAAAUGGGGAGUGUGUGUGAAUCUGGCAAGCGUCUAACCAAUGGAAGGAUAACCAGGCAGCCUUUAAGUCUUCAGUCAAAGGAUCCAUGUCAGCAGAUCUUUCUCUGCCAGUUCUUUGUCACCCCGAGAAACAGGGCCAACUGGGGUGCUUCAGGGUUCUGUCCUAGGCCUGGCAUUUUUCAACAUCUUAAUAAAUGACUUGGAUUAAGGAAUGGAGAGGGUGCUUAUCAAAUUUGCAGACGGCACCAAACUGAGAGGGGUAGCUAAUGCCGCAGAAGACAGAAUUGGGACUCGAUAUUCCCUGAAAACAGAUUGGGGAACUGGGCCAAAACUAACAAAAUUAAUUUAAAUAGGGACCAAUAUAAAAUUCUACACUUAGGAAGGAAUCAUCAGAGGCACAAGUAUAGGAUGGGGGACAACUGGCUUCACAGCUGUGCACGAUUUAAGGGUCUUAGUAGACCACCAGCUUAACGUGAGUCAAAAGUGUGAUGCAGCAGGAAAAAAAGCAAAUGCUAUUCUAGGCUGCAUCAACAGAAGUAUAGUGUGCAGAUCAAGGGAAGUAAUAGUCGUGCUCUAUUCUGCCAUGGUCAGACCACACCUGGAGUACCGUGUCCAGUUCUGGGCACCACCAUUUAAGAAGGGUAUUGACAAGUGGGAAGGUGUGUAGCCAAGGGGUGACCAAGAUGAUCAAGGGUCUGGAAACCAGGCCUUAUGAGAAACGGUGGAAGGAGUUGGUUAUGUUUAGCCUGGAGAAGAGACGACAGAAGGGGCAUGAUAAUUGACUGAAUGUAAGGAAAGCAAGGGGUUAAGAGCGGUAGUCUCGUAAUCUGGGGAACCGGGUUCGCGUCCGCUCCUCCACAUGCUCCACAUGCAGCUGCUGGGUGACCUUGGGCUAGUCACACUUCUCUGAAGUCUCUCAGCCCCACUCACCUCACAGAGUGUUUGUUGUGGGGGAGGAAGGGAAAGGAGAAUGUGAGCCGCUUUGAGACUCCUUCGGGUAGUGAUAAAGCGGGAUAUCAAAUCCAAACUCUUUUAAACCACAGAGCCUAGGACUUGCCAAUCAGAAGGUCGGCGGUUCGAAUCCCCACAACAGGGUGAGCUCCCGUUGCUUGGUCCCUGCUCCUGCCAACCUAGCAGUUCGAAAGCACGUCAAAGUGCAAGUAGAUAAAUAGGUACCACUCCGGUGGGAAGGUAAACGGCGUUUCCGUGCACUGCUCUGGUUCUCCAGAAGCAACUUAGUCAUGCUGGCCACAUGACCCGCAAGCUGUACGCCGGCUCCCUCGGCCAAUAAAGCAAGAUGAGCGCCGCAACUCCAGAGUCGGCCACAACUGGUCGAGGGGUCAGGGGUCCCUUUACCUUUACCUAAGGAAAGCAAGCGGGGGCGGGGGGCUGGGAGGCAAGUGCCUCCCUCACCUUUGAACAUUCCUAGAGCAAUAAACAAAGUUGAAAGUUUGGGGGCACGAGCUGGGAAACAUUAGGACGAGAUGCGAGGCUGGUGGGGAGGAGGAGGAGAUGACAAGCGAGUUUGGGCAAAGGUUAGAACUUGGAGAAAGUUACUGUUGUUUCUGCAGGCUGGGGUAUAAAUAAAUGUCAUCUGACCAGUCCCAGCCGGCCUGGAGUCUCUCUCUGUGUGUGCGUGGGGGGGAAGGACGAACCACUAUAGAUUGGAGCACUGCCACAUUCCUGAUCCUUGUUUGUCUCUCCUCCUGGCCAGGCGUGAGCAUGAACAUCCAGCCCAUGUACCUGGGAGAAAGCGCCCCCAAGGAGCUCCGUGGAGCCGUGGCCCUGACGUCUGCAUCCUUCACGGCCCUGGGGUUGGUGAUGGGACAGGUGGUUGGAUUGAGGUAAGGCUGAAAGGGGCAUCCUGGGGAAGCUGUUGGGGGGUACCAUCCUCUUUCCACCCCCCUAAAAAAAAGAAGAAAGAAAUCGGCAAGGCCACAGCAAACCUCUGCAUCUCUUGCAGCAAAGGGUACUCCAAGCACAGCAAUCCCGGCGACUUGGUCUCAUAAUGAUCUGUAGCAUCUUUGCCCAGAAUGGCAAUUGGAUGCGGAGUAGCUACAUUAAGCCCUUCCUGGGGCACAGAGAAAGAAGCUGGGGUGGGGCUAGUAUUAGGAUUAUGCGGGGCUGCUUUCUGCUGAGUCUGACCCUUGCUCCAUCUAGCAUUGUCUACACGGACUGGUAGCAGCUUUCCAGGGUUUCAGGCAGAGUGUCUCUCUCAAACCCUACCUGGACAUGCCAUUCGGGAUUGAAAUCGGGGCCUUCUUCCUCUGAGCUGCAGCUGUUGCAUUUUAUUAUUUCUUUAAAUGGGGUUUUAAUGCGUUAAGUUGCUUUGGGGCCACUGUUCUGUGUGCGAAAAGUGACAAACAGACGUAAAAAGAAAAAGUAAAUAUGUACAUUCGGCUCGGCUCGGCCCAAACUGCUGGCUCAGAAAGGUUCUGCUCACACAAUUCUGUAUUUUUAAUGCAGAGAAAUUUUAGGAGCGGAGGAAUGCUGGCCUCUCCUCCUGGCCAGCAAUGCAGUGCCUGCUCUGAUCCAGCUGGUCUUGCUGCCCUGGGCCCCGGAAAGCCCCCGGUACCUAUUGAUCGACCGAGGAGAUGAGGAAUCUUGCAUCUGUGGUGGGUGUGCUCAGUGCUUCCCCUUGCUUUUUUAAAAAAACCCAGCCCAGGACAAAACUGCCUUCUGAUUCUCCUGUUGCAUCGAGUUCCUUGGUUGCUUCCAUUCUAAAGUCUCUGAGUUCCAGUCUGGCCUGGUCUUGAUCCAAAAGGGCAGGCUUCACCCUGUAUAAAUAAUCGCUACUCAUGUGUAUGUUUAAGGCAAGAUUUCCCAAACUUGGGUCUCCAUCUAAUUUUGGACUACAAAUCCCAUCAUCCAUGACCACUUGUCCUGCUAGCUAGGGAUGAUGGGAGUUGUAGUCCAAAAACAGCUGGAGACCCAAGUUUGGGAAACCCUGUUUAAGGGAAGAUCCAUAGGGGAUGGUGCAUGGUUCCUCCCAUAGGAGAAAGUAGAUUCACAACAAGAGCAGCUUGAUCUGUUUCCCGUACCCCUGCUAUCACAUGCCGUUUGUGGGCUGCCUUCCUAAUUUGCUUUCAAGCUCACCCCAAGCUCCAGGAGCUCAACAGGUGCUCAGAGUAUGUUUGGAAUCCCUAAUAAAACUCGGAGCAUCUCCUGGAGUUUGACCGCUCCAUCUUCAUGCUUGCAGCCCUUAUGUUGCCCCUCUUGCCUCUUCCAGCUUUGCAGAAGCUGCGGGGCAGCGACGACCUGGGCGGGGAGAUGAAGGAGCUGCUGGCAGAGCAGGCGGCACUCCGAGGGGUGACAGCCAAGGCCCCCUGGGAGCUCUUCAGGGACCCGGCCGUGAGGUGGCAGCUCAUCACCAUCGUCUUCCUCAGCAGCGCCAUGCAGCUCUGUGGCAACGACUCUGUGAGUGACUGGGGACAGGGAGGAGAAGGCAGGGGGGAAUCAGCUUGAGUAUUGGUGGGGUUGGGGGCAGUGGCGUAGCAUGGGGAGGCCACAGAGGCGGUUGCCCCGGGUGCAAAAUUGUUAGGGGUGCAACAUUUCAACCAGGAAGUUACCUCUCCAGACAAUGGAACAACUCAUCUCUGCAACUGAGAACUCCUGGGCGCCGCAAACACCUGAAUGUGCAUGUGUACUCCACCUGUUUCCCUCCAUGUGGCCCCGGGCACUAGCAACCUACGCUAUGCCACUGAUGGGGGGGUGCCAGUUCAGGUCUUUGGCCGGGCCAGGCAGGAGCUACCCAAAAGUGCCAGGCUCCAGAAGAAGAGAGAGACCCUUCGGGUGGGCUUGUCAAAGGCGUUAUGAGCCAGGCUGGACUCUGGGGGGAUUUGGCCAUCCUUGACCCACACAGCACAGGUCUGGGGGUUGUGUAUGAACAGGAGAGAACGCGGGUGGCGCUGUGGGUUAAACCACAGAGCCUAGGACUUGCCGAUCAGAAGGUCGGUGGUUCAAAUCCCCGCGACAGGGUGAGCUCCCGUUGCUCGGUCCCUGCUCCUGCCAACCAAGCAGUUCAAAAGCACAUAAAAGUGCAAGUAGAUAAAUAGGCAGGAAGGUAAAUGGCAUUUCCGUGCGUUGCUCUGGUUCGCCAGAAGCGGCUUAGUCAUGCUGGCCACAUGACCCGGAAGCUGUACGCCGGCUCCCUCGGCCAAUAAAGCGAGAUGAGCGCUGCAACCCCAGAGUCGGUCACGACUGGACCUAAUGGUCAGGCGUCCCUUUACCUUUUUAAGAACAGGAGGUGCUCUUUGGAGAGGUGCUUGCAAAAAUAUGCUUACCCAUACCACCACCCACUAUCCCUUCUUCCCCUCCUGAGUUCUGCUUCUCUUUCCUGUAUGUGUCUGCAGUGAAACCAGAGCCCUGCCGUUCUCCAUUCAUCCUUCCUCCAUCUCCCUUUGUGUCCCCCAGAUGUACUCCUAUGCCUCGACCGUUUUCCAAGAGGCCGGGAUCCCUUACGACAAGAUCCAGUACAGCAUAAUCGGCACGGGCAGCUGCGAGCUGAUCACCGCCAUGACUUGUGUGAGAAUCUCGGCUGCCCUUCGGCAGCAACUCGCUUCCUGAUGCUGCUCCCCUCCCCCCCAAAAAAAUACUGGUUUGUCCGAUAGACAGUGACGGAGAGCGCUUGGACCUUUCACUUUGUGUGUGUGUGGGGGGGUGUCUCUGAGCGGUGAAGUGGGGAGCCAUUUCUGGGGGAGGUGGAGCUUCCAUACGGGGGUGGGAGUCUGCCUUCUCUCUCACGCCCAGUUCUGUUCGCCUCACCUCAAAAUGGGUACUGUUGAGCUGGGAAAUGUUCUGAAAAGGGCAGCCAGGGGGAUGAAGGGGGUGGAGCGAUAAAAGGUUGCAGCACUUUUUAGAGACAAGGCCGAGAAGUGGAUGGAACUGCGCGAGUUUCACGUGAUAUGGGGGGAAAUGGAAAGAGGGAGAGAUAAUGUGACUCUCUUGGGCAUAGCUAGUUGUGAAACUCAGGACAGACAAAGGGAAGAACUCUGAAUCCACCCUGCUAGCAGAAAGCAGGGGUGCUGUGGGGGGGUGCGGUGUCUGCCUGCAGAACCAUCAAAUGGCCUGGUCUCCCCUCCCUCCUUUUAUUUUUUACAAUGAAGAGUGUUAACCAGGAUUUGAGUCUGAUCCUGGUCCAACUGCACUGGCUACCAAUUAGUUUCUGGGCCCAAUUCAAAGUGCUGGUUUUGACCUAUAAAGCCUUAAACGGCUCAGGGCCGCAAUACCUUAAGGACUGCCUCUUUCCAUAUGAACCUACCCAGACCCUGAGAUAAUCUCCUGAGGCCCUCCUUCGUGUGCCUCCUUGAGAGGUCCGGAGGGUGGCAACACGAGAACGGGGCCUUCUCUGCAGUGGCUCCCCACCUGUGGAAUGCUCUCCCCAGGGAAGUUCGCCUGGCGCCUUCAUUACACACCUUUAGGAUGUCUGUUUGACAUCCUAUACCCUUUUAAAAUGUGGCUCUUUUCUGGGGAGGGGUGUUAUUGGGUUGUUGUUUUUAUUCUGAUUAUGUAUGUUGUGAUCUUUUCUGUGAACCGCCCUGAGACCUCCAGGUAUAUGAACUCGAUAAUAAUAAUGCAAAUAAUAAUUAGACCUGCCGUGAGACCAACUCCCUGUUGCUUUGGGGCAGGCUUAGCGUGAGAGUCCUGGCGAUAACUUCCCUGUGUUGCUUUGCUCCAGAAUCUGAUCAUUGAGCAUGUCGGACGAAGGAAGCUGGUGAUGGGCGGAUACAGUCUCAUGUCUGUGUGGGCCAUUGUCUUCAUGGUGGCCCUGUCCCUGCAGGUAACUGAGCUCUUGAAGGAGGGGCUGAGCAGGACCCAAAUACGAGUCCGACUCUGUGGAAUGGGUUUUAAUGGGUAAAGGUAAAGGAACCCCUGACCAUUAGGUCCAGUCGUGGCCAACUCUGGGGUUGCGGCGCUCAUCUCGCUUUGUUGGCCAAGGGAGCUGGCAUACAGCUUCCGGGUCAUGUGGCCAGCAUGACUAAGCCGCUUCUGGCGAACCAGAGCAGCACACGGAAACACUGUUUACCUUCCCGCUGGAGUGGUACCUAUUUAUCUACUUGCACUUGACGUGCUUUCAAACUGCUAGGUUGGCAGGAGCUGGGACCGAGCAACGGGAGCUCACCCUGUCGCAGGGAUUCGAACCGCCAACCUUCUGAUCGGCAAGUCCUAGGCUUUGUGGUUUAACCCACAGCACCGCCCGCGUCCCUUACCUUUAAUGGGUAGGAGAGGAUAUAUUAAUAGCAAUUUAUCCCUCCAGCUGCUCAUGUGUGUCUGUUGAACAGAGUUUGAAGUUCCAUCCUUAGGCAUUAAUGUGUGUUUUCCCCCACUUUCUUUCUCUUUCCUUCUCUUUCAUCACUAUAUUUCCUGUGACUGAAAUGAUUUAAAUAAAAUGUUAAUAAUAAAAAGUUCCACACGUGGGAGAAAAAUUGAGGCAUGUCAGAAUAGACUGUGAAGCCUCUUUUUAAUUACGUCCAGCAAUGAAGCGAGCUUGCUCCCCCUUCUCAUUUGCCCCCCUUAACAAAGAAAUCAGACAACCGACUGUGGAAGUAAGCUUAAAAUAGGAUUUACUUACGCAUAGUCUUUGCACUGGUUCUCAGCCACAGCGGCAAUAAAAUUGUGCAGGUAAAAUACUUAAAUUCACAGUAGAAACAGUCUCAGGCAUGACUUGUCAAAGAAAGAGAGAGGGUGGGAGAGGAACAGGAAAUUACAUAGCCCUCCCAGGAGAGGAGUGGAAAUGACAUCACACAGAACCCCCUCUACCAAUUACAUCUCUAUGGGCUGAGUCUUCGCCUAUCAGCAAUACAGUUCUGUGGUCAUUUGCUCCUAAACUUAUGAACUAGCAAGAAUAUGCACUGUUGGAUUUUGACUGCAGUUUCCCACACAGUUUCCCACUAACCCCUUUGCCUUUGCCUCCUUGGAUUUGCAGGACCAAUACAGCUGGAUGCCUUACCUGAGCAUGUCCUGCAUCUUUGCCUACAUCCUGAGUUUUGGAAUUGGGCCAGGUGAGUCGGAACGGCGCGGACUCCCUCCCUGGAAAGCUGUGCAUUGGGGCGCUCACGUCCAACCUGAAACAAGAGCAGGCACGCACGUCAACACGACGUGGGUGUUUUGUUUGGAAGCCUUGGCAUCCAUGAGGACUAGAUGCUUGCCGAUGGAGAUUCUCAACUUGAUGCCCAAAGCAGUUGCUAUGGAGACAUUCCAAAGAGAAGCCGGGUGCAGCAGAAAUUGAGCAAGUGAUAUUGGAGGAGCCUCAUUUCCCUCCACUCUGUUGUGCUCAACACCCUCCCGGUGAAUAUUUAUUUCUUUAAAGCAGGCUUCCUCAAACUCAGCCCUCCAGAUGUUUUGAGACUACAAUUCCCAUCAUCCCUGACCACUGGUCCUGCUAGCUAGGGAUGAUGGGAGUUGUAGUCCCAAAACAUCUGGAGGGCCGAGUUUGAGGAAGCUUCCUUUACAGCCUCUCGCCAUUAACACACCCGCACAAUCUGGAUAGAUGCUAGUGCAUCUUGACCCUUGCAGCCCCAGAGAGAAAGUGAUGAAAAAUAUGUUUGAUUUGCCUAGCCGGCGUGACGGUGAUUAUGCCCAUGGAGAUUUUCGACCAGGUGUCUCGCCCAGCUGCCUGCAUGAUCUGCGGUUCUCUGCUGUGGGCCAACUUGUUCCUGGUGGGCAUGGUGUUUCCUUUCCUUGUGGUAAGCAAACUCUGUCCGUCCGACUGCCAUGCUGGGUUGAACCAUGGGUCAAUGCUGUUGGGACAGGAUAGGAAGUGGGAGGGACCCAUUUGAAGCCACCGCUCCUCUUUUCUGUCCAAUUUCGAUUUGCAUUGCAAUCCUACUAAGCGGAUUUGACAGCCUCCUCCUCCAUGAAUUUGUCAAAGCAUUUUUUUUUAGUAUGCGCAUAUAUAUAUAUAUAUAUAUAUAUAUACACACACACACCAUAUUUUUCGCUCUAUAAGACUCACCAGACCACAAGACGCACCUAGUUUUUGGAGGAGGAAAACAAGAAAAUAUAUUCUGAAUCUCAGAAGCCAGAACAGCAAGAGGGAUCGCUGCGCAGUGAAAGCAGCAAUCCCUCUUGCUGUUCUGGCUUCUGGGAUAGCUGCGCAGCAUGCAUUCGCUCCAUAAGACACACACACAUUUCCCCUUACUUUUUAGGAGGGAAAAAGUGAGACUUAUAGAGCAAAAAAUACGGUAAUUAAAUUUUCUGUUUUUACAAUUUAAAAUACUCAUUUAAGCAUCCUUAAAAUAUCAAUGAUUUCCCUUCUUCUCUUUCAUUUUGCAUAUUAUAAAUCCCUGCAUAUUUUACAAAAACUAAACCAUUCAGUAUUCCAUUAUUGCAUCCAUCAAAACCUAUUUACACUGUUGUUGUUGUUUUUUUUUUAAAUAAUUUUUAUUAAGGUUUUAAACAACAAAGAAAGAAAAGAAAAACAUACGCAAUACAUAUAACAACACACACAAAAAACAAAACAAAAUUCAACCAUAAAAAAAACACAAAAAACAUAACAAUUAAAAACAAUAUCUCUUUUCCAUUUCCAUUUUUAAGUUACUUAUUUUCUGGACUUCCUCAUACCUCCCUCUUUUGUAUUCCAAUCCGAAUUGUUUGUCCAGCAGUUUCUUUUCCACUUUUUUAAUCCCAAUCUUUAGUUUAAUAAAAUAUUAAAAUAUCUAACUUCAACUUCUUUAAACCUAAUCUUUGGUCUUAGUAUCAUAUAACGUUAAAAUUUUCCCUCUUAAUAUCAGAUUUCCAUUUCUUUAAACAUCCUUAAUCUUAAUCUUUAAUCUUAGUCUAUCAUUAACUUUAACCUGUACAGCUGGAAACCGCUUGUUUUCAGUCCAACAUCACUCUAACAUUCCUUAAUUUUGCAGUGUUUCUGAAGAUAGUCUUUAAAUUUCUUCCAAUCUUCCUCCAUCGACUCUUCUCCCUGGUCACGGAUUCUACCAGUCAUUUCAGCCAAUUCCAUAUAGUCCAUAAGUUUCAUCUGCCAUUCCUCCAGCGUGGGAAGUUCUUGUGUCUUCCAAUACUUUGCAAUGAGUAUUCUUGCUGCUGUUGUUGCAUACAUACACUGUUGAAUUUAUCUUAAUGCUGCCAACUUUUUAAGGUGUGCACAAUUUCUAUAUGUUAAGUCUGCAAGCUGCACAUAUUCCAUCAGCUUAAGUUGCCAUUUUUCUUUAAUUGGGACCUUGCUCGUUUUCCAUUUGGGGGCUAACAAAACAUGGGCCGCAGUAGUGGCACACAUAAAUCAACUUUUCUGACACCUGGGAAUUUCAGUCUGAAUUAUCCCCAACAAAAAGGACUGUCUAACUCAGGCAUCCCCAACCUUCAGCCCUCCAGAUAUUUUGUACUACAAUUCCCAUCAUCCCUGACCACUGGUCCUGUUAGCUAGGGAUCAUGGGAGUUGUAGGCCAAAACAUCUGGAGGGCCGCAGGUUGGGGGUGCCUGGUCUAACUCUAAUCCUCUUUUGAAGCAGUCUAAGUUGGUGGCCAGGGACGUGGGCGGUGCUGUGGGUUAAACCACAGAGCCUAGGACUUGCCGAUCAGAAGGUCGGCGUUUCGAAUCCCCAUGACGGGGUGAGCUCCCAUUGCUCAGUCCCUGCUCCUGCCAACCUAGCAGUUCGAAAGCACAUCAAAGUGCAAGUAGAUAAAUAGGUACUGCUCCGGCAGGAAGGUAAACGGCGUUUCCGUGUGCUACUCUGGUUCGCCAGAAGCGGCUUAGUCCUGCCAGCCCCAUGACCCGGAAGUUGUACGCCGGCUCCCUCGGCCAAUAAAGCGAGAUGAGCGCCGCAACCCCAGAGUCGGCCACGACUGGACAUAAUGAUCAGGGGUCCCUUUACCUUUACCAAGUUGGUGACCAUCAGGACCGCAAAUGCAAAUCCUUAAGCAGCUACCGUUGCAGACACUUUGGGUAGGAGGGAGUCCCAGAGCAAACUGAGCAGCACCAGAGGGGACUGUUCAGAACAGUUUGAUUAUGGGGCUCGCUUUGUGUGCAUCACGGACAAACUGAAGGCCUCUCCUUCUCUCUCCCCUCAGGAAGGCCUUGGCCAUUACUGCUAUGUCCCCUUCUUCACCGUCUGCGUCUCUGCUGCCCUCUAUGUCGCUUUCUUCCUCCCCGAGACCAAAGGGAAAUCCUUUCUGGAAAUCUCUGAGGAAUUCAACAAACGGAACUUCAAAGCGCAGGCUCAUGAGGAGUCCAAGAGUCUUUCCGAGGAAACAAAGUCCACCAUGUUGUAGCCCCCGAAGGAUGGAGGAGAACGACAGGGACACGGGGAGAGAAAGUUGGUUUUGUGCCACCAGGCAGAUCUAUCCCUCCACACACACACACACCUGCACCCCCAAAUUCCCAGUACGGGGUAAAAAUUGCAGCUGAAGCGAGUUUAGAGUGGGGAGGUGGGAUGGAACAUUUUCUGUUUCUCAAAUACUGAUUUGCGCGUUAAAAGUCCUGUACGGAAAUGCCCACUCCCAAGAUUUUUAGUGGGUUUUCAGUUUUAGAAUUUCUUAUACAUUGUAUAAGAAAUAAUGCCCAGAGUCUGGAAUUUGAACCCUAAAAUGUCAUUUCUGACCAUCAGCUGCCAGGCUUGGUCAGUUAGAGGGAGCAAUGCGCUAUUCCAGGGUGUUGCUUUGGGGACCGUUUUCUAAACGUGAAAUUGAUCCACGAGGAGGGAAAACCCACCUGCGCUUUAAUCGAUGCCCAGAUGUAUUGAUAGCCAAAUGUAUUGAGAAGUUUCUUUUAGGAGAAACCCACAAUCCCAACCCCACCCCGAUCUACAAAUGGGCUGCCUCUUUAACAUGUAUUAACGUGCCUGGGGCAUAUUUUUUUGACAGAAAGUGUGUUAAAAUAUAGCAAAUAUUCCGCAAAUCCCUGCUAGAGAUCCUUCUGAGAAAAGUCCUGGCUACUUCACUCAGAGUUUAAAAAGUGAAUUAAUACGGAACCUUGAAAGAACUUCCAUCGUGCACUGGAUUCUUUUUUUAUUAAGCGAUUGUGGUAGAUUUUCCUCCUUUAAGUUUGCUUGAGCUAUUCUGCCAGUGUCCCCCCCACCCCCUGAGCUGUGCCAAGGGACUGGGGGGUAAGGAUGCUUUUUUCUCUUUCUAGAAAUUUCCCUGUUGUGCCCUGUAGGUGUUAUGUGGGCUGGAUCCUCCUGCUGGUUGGACAGGCAUAUCUUGCUUUAACAGUGUGUUACUGCUGCUUUGCUGAGCUCCUUGCAAGUUCUCUGAGCAGUAGCCGUGCCUGUAGUGCUCCCGUGUGGCCACCCGGAAUAAUUUCUCCUCCUUCCUUCACGCAGAGCAGUAACUACCUCAAAUAACUCUUGCUUGUGCCUCUCUGCCUUUGGAUUUCCUUUAACUUCGUCGCUAGAUUUGUUGGGUUUUUAUAUACGAGCCACCCAACCUUUUCACUAUUUUAUGGUACAAAAUGACCUUUGAUGAUUCCUAGACUUUUGAUUUCGGUGUCAGUCCCACAAUUGCACUGCCAAUAGCCAGAAGAACCGUGAUGUAUCUCUGUAGCUGUUAGUUUUCUCGACGAUGCGCUUUAAAGACUGGCUAAAGCCUGCAGACUGAGUGGAGGUGUCCCUCUUUUAGCUGCCAUGGUGGUGACAACAUGGUCUCUCUCUUUCUCCAGCUUCUUCUGGGAUGGUCAUGCUGCCAGUGUUUCUUGUCCCUGCCUCCCUUGGCUCUCGCUCUUUUACUGCUCCUUCUGCUGUUUCCCAGCAAGCAUUAAAACCUUGUCCCACCUUUCAAAGGCUGCAACAUUUUCAUUCAAAAAGUCCCAUGUCAGGACAAUCAUAUAGCUAGAAUCACAGAAUGGUAGGAGUUGCAAGAAAUCACAGCGGCCAUUUAGUCCAACCCGCCUGCAAUGCAAGGAUCUCAGCUAAAGGAUCCAUGACAGAUGGCCAUCCAACCUCUGCCGGAAAACCUCCAAGGAAGGAGAGUCCACCACCUCUCGCGGAAGUCUGUCAGAAAGUCUUUUCCGAAUGUUUAGUUGGAAUCUCCUUUCUUGCAACGUGAAGCCAUUGGUCCGAGUCCUACCGUCCACAGUAGGAGAAAACAAGCUGUUCCCUCUUCCAUGUGACAGCCCUUGAGAUAUUUGAAGAUGGCUAUCAUAUCUCCUCUUAGUCUCGUCUUUUCCAGGCUCCAACAUACCCAACUCCUUCAACCGUUCCUCAUAAGGCUUGUUUUCCUUAUGAGCCACUGACUGUACAAUGCACAUUAUAGUCUGAAAUGCCAGAACGGUCCCUAUUCCCAUUGGAUCCCAUAGGAUUCAAGUAUUACUGAGGUAGCUUCAGAGAUCCUACCACAGUAAGGUAUCCACCACCGUGCACCAAUAGGGCUGGGGGUGGGGGAAAACUCUGCUCCAAACAAGGCCAGGGCGGGGGAGGGGUGGUAAUCAUGGCUCCCUGCCUCAGGAUUCUCUGAGAAAGUGCCUUGUGGGCCAUGGAAUCAUAGAAUUGUAAAGUUGAAAGGGACCAUGUGGGUCGUCUGGUCCAACCCCCAUAAUUCAGGAAUCUUUUGCCCAAUGUAGGACUCCAACCCACGACCCUGUGAUAGAGUCUCAUGCUCUACUGACUGAGCUUUGACUGCUUUCAUCGCCCCCCCUCUCCUACUGAUGUCUCUGAUCCCCAAUUUCAGGAUCCAGGAGGGAGUGGGGUUUGUUGGGAUGAUGGGAGGCAGCCAUCUUUGUACGCCAGGUGGAGGCUCAUUGCCUUAUCGAAUGCCUUUUCCUGCCACAGGGCAUAUUCGUCCGCAUGUUUGCUACAGCCUUAGCAAGGCAGCUGCCUCUCAGGAACCUGCUCUGCUUGCCAAAGAAAAAUCACAGAAGCAGCAAGGCAGCUUCGUUGGCGCGCAUCAUUUAAUAAACACUGUAGAGGUUAGAGCUUUUGCAAAAUGCAAACAUGAAAAAGUGUUGGUUUUGUUAUGUGUGUGAAGGAAAUAAUGAAAUCCUGGCAAGACAAGGGCAUGAAAUAACUUUAUGAAAAAAUAUAUAAAUAAAAUUAUUUCUUUGGAAUGA